AAUUUCAAAAAAAUAAAUAUAAUCAAUAGGAAUAUCAAAAUUGAAAAUUGUGUCAUAGAAAAUUUGUAACGCUGAAAAUGCUACCGAUCGAUCCCAAUAAUGAGACCGCCUAUUCGUUUGUUGUUUUUGGCGCUUCGGGUCGUUUAGCGCUAAGUAAAAUCUUUCCAGCACUCUGGCAACUCUAUCGCGAUAAUCGUUUGCCGCAGGGCACUAAAAUUUUUACAUUCUGUCGCACCCAUCUAGAGGUCGGCACAUAUCGCAUCAAGUGUGUACCCUAUAUGGGUCUGAGCAAGGAUCGCGAUCAAAUAAAAUACAAUAGCUUCUGGUCCAAUGUGCAUUGCUGUCAGGGCAUGUACGAUAGCCCACAGGAUUAUGCGGAACUCACAGCAGCAAUGGUGCGCCAGGAGACCAGGCACAACAUGAGUCUGGCCAAUCGUAUCUUCUAUCUGGCCCUGCCGCCGAUCGUCUUUGAUCAUGUGACGCUCAAUAUCAGCCGUAAAUGUCUGUCGAUGACGGGCUGGAAUCGUGUAAUCGUUGAGAAGCCAUUUGCCAGAAACGAGCUCACCUAUAAACCAUAUCAGACGCAGCUGUGUCAAACGUUCAAGGAAUCACAAAUCUAUAUGAUAGACCACUAUCUAAGCAAACAGGUCAUUCAUAAUCUGUUCGUAUUACGUUUCACCAAUCACAUCUGGUCAGAGACGUGGAAUAACAAGCAUAUUGCGGCGGUCAUGAUAAGUGUGAAGUGCGAGAAGCCGGUGCAGGCACGUGCCGACUACUUCAAUCAAUUUGGCAUCAUACGAGAUAUUAUGACCAACGAUAUGAUGCAGUUGCUCGCCAUGCUGACCAUAGAGCAGCCGUACAGUAACUAUGUGGAGGACAUGAGAGACGAGAAGCUGAAGGUGCUCAAGCAAGUGCUAACACUUGACAUAAGCGAUGUCAUACUGGGACAGUAUUGCAAUAAUGGCGUGGAAACCGAUCCCACCAAGGUGGGCUAUACACAGCACGCCUACAUACCCAAGGAGUCCCUGACGCCCACCUUUGCGAUGGUUGUGCUGCGGAUCAAAAGCAAACGCUGGAAUAGCGUGCCGUUCAUAUUGCGCGUCGGUAAGGCCCUUAACGAAACCAAAACGGAGGUGCGAGUGCAGUACAAGGCAAUGGAAUGUGAUCGCAGUGAAAAUAAACUGAGCAUACCCAAUGAGCUGGUGUUGCGCCUGUCACCGCGGGAGCAGCUCUUCAUGCGCAUGAUGCUGAAGCGGCCAGGACAAGAGCUGUGCCUCAGGGAAACGGAACUUAACCUUAUGCUGCGGGACAGAACAGUGCCCGAUAAUUAUCAGAGUCUAUUGCUCGAUAUCUUUGCUGGCAAUCAAAUGCUCUUCAUGCGCACAGACGAACAGUGCGAAAUAUGGCGGAUAUUCUCGCCAGUUUUGGCAUAUAUUGAUGUGGAGAGGCCAAAGCCGCUGCUUUAUGACUUUGGGUCCAGCGGACCGAUGGCUGCAUACGAAAUGGCAGCCAGAAAUGGAUUUACAUUUUAUCAAUCGGACGAAUGGCACGCCAGACAGGGCAUGGCAAACACCACCCAGAAUGCGUCUAAAGAGGUCAUCAAAGCGGAGUCCAAUCGAGCCCAACAGGCGACACCCAGUUGGAUGACACCAUCAGCAAUGGGGAGUUAGGAGUAGAGUUUUCGUUAAGAGUCAGUUUUAGUUGUACUAGUGCUUUAUGUCAUAAAUUGGUUCAAGGCAAGCAAAUUUAAUAAAAUAUCCA